AUGGGCUGCCAUACAUGCUGGCCGGCGCCGGCCGCCGCCGUGAUCAAGGCCGGAGCGAUCUGCGUGCUGCUGCUCCUGCCGGCGGCGGCGCCCGCGGCCGCGCAGGCGCCCGUGGAGGCCGCGGCGGCGAUCGAAGCGGAAGGCGACGGCAAUGGCACCACUCGAGGCUCGCGAGGCGGCGGAGGAGGAGGCGGUGGUGGUGGCGGCGGCGGCGGCGGCACGCGGAAGCUGGUGAGCAGCAUCGACUGCCAGAUCUGCGAGGCGACGUGCCGGGUGAAGUGCCUCGUAAACAACCUCUUCCAGUGGGGCGGGUGCUACCAGCGCUGCAAGUCCGACAACUGCAACGACUGGUGCCGGUAGCACAGACGCCCAUUGCUGCCUGCCUGAAUGCAUGCAUGCAUGUCUGCACACAUCGGACGACCGGGCUACACACAUGUACCAAUUACACCUUUCCUCCAUCUACAUCCAACGUAUAUACAUACACAUAAACGUACGUUACUACUGCUGGCUGCUGCCAUGCAUCUACGUGUAUUUUACGAUUACCCAAGUUUGUACCAGCUGGUGAUUUUUGAAUAACCG